AUGUCAACAACUGACGAACAACAACAACAACAACAACAGCCAGUAGUGGUAAAGAGAAGGGUAGGUAGACCAGGUAGAAAACCACUAGAUACAGCCGCCAAAAACAGAAGAACUGCUCAGAAUAGAGCUGCUCAAAGAGCAUUUAGGGAAAGGAAGGAACGGAAGAUGAAGGAACUGGAAGAUAAAAUUUCUGACUUGGAAAGAAUCAAAGAUAAUAAUGAAGUAGAAUCCACAUUUUUAAGAGACUACAUGAUGGAUCUAAUCUGCGAUAUGCAGAAAUAUAGACCAAAUAACUCUACAGAUUCUAAAGUGUUGAAAUACCUUUCUUUGAAAAAGAAAAACCAACCUUCCAUGAAGGCUACCAGUAUAGACUCACUGAUCGAAAUGGAAAAUAAAAAGACUGACGAAAUAUCGAAGGAAUCUCCAGACUCUACCUUGAAUAAUAAUGCUAAUAAUAAUAAUAAUAAUAAUAAUAAUGAUACAAAUCAAGUACCCUCUCCAAAUGAAUCCACAGGUUCCCACAUCUCAUCACCUGAUUCACAAUCUUUGAAACAUGAUGAAGGCCUUCGACUACCUUCAUUUUCUAACAAAUAUGACAUAAAUUCACAUGAUGGUGGAGGCAUUACCUCCUCUAAUUGGAUAGAUAACAUAUUUGAUGGAGAUACAGCAGAGGGAUUACCAUCAUUCCCUGCAAGUAUAUCGUCAUCUUCCGAGACACCACCUGUCAAUGCAAAUGACAACGACCACAGUCACGUUGAUUUUACUAACAAUUUAUUAGAUCAUAAUAUGAUUUUUACAAAUGAAUUCAGUUUCCAUAAUCAAUUCGAUGAUCAUCCGAUUAUAGAUCUAACAACACAACAAAAGCCAACACAACAACAACAGCAACAAGCAUUUGUUAUCUCAAAUACAUGGGAUUCAAAUUCAAAUGGAAAUUCCACUGAUAAUGAUACUCAAAGUCUCAUAGGAAAUAAUAUUAACAACAAUAAUCCUCUCAUCGAUUCAAAUUUGGCAUUCCCUACCGAUAUUAACGAAAAUGAAGUAUUCGUCAAACAGUACCAGGAGUAUGUAUCUCAGCAACAACCAGCUGAACAGGACACUAUUACAUGCCCAUGCCAGCAUGCCGAUACUGGUGCCGAUGAUGAUGAUGAGGAAAUUGAAUGCGAGUUCAUAUCGAGAAAUCUACUUAAUAACGAGUCCAUUCCAAGUAUACUCCGAGAUAAAACAUCAAUCGAUGGCGGUAUGGCCUGUAAUAAAUACUCUAAAUGUUCUGCCAUUUGGAAAAGAUUUAAAACACAGAAACCAAAAUUUAGUGACGAUGAUAUAGAUUCACUUUGUCAAGAACUAAUUACCAAGGCAAAAUGUUCCGAUGAAGGAACCAUUGUCAUCAGAUCCAGAGACGUUAAGAAUACUCUCAGGAAACAUUUUUAG